AUGCGGUACAUUCACUCCGAGGAACGGCUGCCCAUUCCGGACAAUGUGAAGGUUCACAUUCGUUCGCGCAUUGUGACCGUUGAGGGUCCCCGUGGCAAGCUCGUCAAGGACCUCUCCCACAUCGCCGUCACCUUCGGUCGCCCCGAGCCCAACGUGAUCUCGAUCGAGCUGCACCACGGUGUCCGCAAGGGAGUUGCUACUCUCCGCACCGUCCGCACCCUCAUCAACAACUUGAUCAUCGGUGUUACCCGCGGUUUCCUCUACAAGAUGCGUUACGUUUAUGCCCAUUUCCCCAUCAACGUGAACAUCGAGAAGAACGCCGAGACUGGCUGCAACGACAUUGAGAUCCGUAACUUCCUCGGUGAGAAGUACGUUCGCCGCGUGACUGCCCAGCCCGGUGUCGACAUCAUCCCCUCCACCAACGUCAAGGACGAGCUCCAGCUUUCCGGAAACUCCCUCGAGGGUGUCUCCCAGUCUGCUGCCGACAUUCAGCAGAUCUGCCGUGUUCGCAACAAGGAUAUCCGUAAGUUCUUGGACGGUCUGUACGUUUCCGAGAAGGGCAACAUCAUUGAGGAAUAA